AGCUUUAGUUAACACCAUUACACCUAGACAUGAUCAAGAUCCCCAAUUAUUCGAGAACGAUCCUGAUACUGGACUUACCGAAACUCUACAAAGUAAAGAAACCACCUCAUCACUCAAACGCACUAGUGAACCAACUCCUGAAAUAUGUUCCAAGUGCUCUGAAACCAUCUUUCCGGGACAUUCAAAGCCGGUCGUAUUAUUAACAUGUAAACAUGUUAUCCAUUUUGAGUGCAUUGGCAACAAGCGUAACUUAUGUCCUAAAUGUUCAUCGACGGAUGAUCUGGAAAAAGAAGGAUAUUAUAUUUCACCUGACAUCUCAGUUAACGAAGCCUUCAAAAAGAAAAGGAAGAGACAGGAAGAUAAUACUCAUGAAAAUAAGCCUAAAGAGUCUCAAAACCGCAAAACAUUAUUCGAGUUAUUGGUUGUACCAAUUUUCGACGAACCAUCAAUCACUGUACCUUCCGAAGAGUUCAACAUGGAAGAAAUAUCUAAUAAAUUCCACCGCCUAUAUUAUGAAGUUGAUGAUAUUGAAAAGAAGGGGGAUCGAACAAAUCGAGAAGUAUUUUCAGUUUAA